AUUCUUAGUUUGAUGUGUAUUGCUAGAGAGAAUUUUUUAUUUUUAAGGGAGAGUGCAUGUGAUCAGCAAAGGACCAAUCAGCGCUGUCCAGACAGAGGGUCAGGGGUUCUACGUCCUCCUAGAGCAGAAAGAAAACUCCUAAGCUUUAACCAGUGCUCUACUGAACACUGAUAGAAGUCACAAGACUGCUCUAAUUGCUAAUGAGAAAAUAUACUUAGCAGUUUAUAUUUACUAAAAUAAUUGCAUUUCCAUGUUCUGUGUACUGUGGGAGACCAGGUAAAGUGAACGCAGGGU